CUGGGUCUCACUGCUAUUGGCUCUGAAACGUCAGUGGCGGGAUUGUUCAAGGCCGAUUUUGUUGUUUUCUUCAGUAACAGCGCGCUAAAUUUCAGCCAAAUUAACGUUAAAACUCCGAUCAGAGGUUGCGGUUAAGAGAGGAUCUGGAAUAUACUGUAUUUGUCACUUAAAUUUACGUAGAAUCGAUGGUAAACUCGAGUUUGUGAAGUUUGUUUAUGUCGGUUUAGCUCUGAUAGUUUGGUUUAACGUUAUUUUAAUCGACACGGACUUAAAGUAGAGUACAGAUGGAGAACGGGGCGCCCGCUUCUCGGUUCCCGUUCCCGUUUAAACCGUACACGAUCCAGGAGCGCUUUAUGGAGUCGCUGUAUGCCGCACUGGAACAGGGCAAAGUGGGCAUUUUCGAGAGCCCCACCGGCACGGGCAAGUCUCUGAGUCUGAUCUGUGGCGCUCUGACGUGGCUCAGAGACCAUGAGGAGAAGAAGAAGGAGGAGGCUGCCAGACUUCUGCAGGAGAAAGAGGUGGAGAGGAAAGGAGAUGGAGAUGGAGGAGAGAAGGACUGUAAUGGAGACAAGAGUGGUGGCAGCGGAGCAGCGACAGAACCAGACUGGGUGUCUGAUUUUGUGCAAAAAAGAGCAGAGCGAGAGAUAGUGAAUAAAUUAAAGGAUGAAGAGAUUAAGCGAAAGAGAAGAGAAGAAAGGCUGGAGAUGAUCAGACACAAUGCUCAGCUUAAAUAUGCAAUGAAAAGAAAGACCAAUGAGGAUAAUGAGGCAGAAAAGUUGCUGCAGCUCAGUAAGCAGGAGCUAAGCUCUGAGGAGAAAUCUCAUGAAGAGGAAGAGGAGGGGCUUAUUGUUGCAGAUUAUGAAAGUGAUGAUGAAGCCACACCCAAACCCAGGAUCUGUGAUGAAGAUGAUGAUGAUGAUCUAGAGGAAGAGCAUGUCACUAAGAUAUAUUACUGCAGCCGUACGCACUCACAGCUUGCCCAGUUUGUGCAUGAAGUGCAGAAAAGCCCAUAUGGGUCCACAGUCAGCUUGGUCAAUUUGGGCUCUAGACAGAAUCUGUGUGUUAAUCCCGACGUGACGCGUCUGGGGAGUGUUCAGCUGAUCAAUGACCGCUGUAUGGAGCUGCAAAAAAACAAACAUGACAAGCAGAGCAAGACAGACUUGGAGCCGAAGCGCCGCCGCAGCGUCGCCAAGGCAACCUGCCCCUUCACAGGGUAUGAGAAGAUGAUGGCGAUGCGAGACGAGGUGCUGGUGAAAGUGCGGGACAUCGAGCAGCUGGUGCAGCACGGCAGAGGCACACACACCUGCCCCUAUUACAGCACACGCCUCGCUAUUCCUGCAGCUCAGGUGGUGGUGCUGCCCUAUCAGACGCUGCUGCAUGCAGCCACUCGCAAAGCAUCAGGAAUCAAACUGAAGGACCAGAUUGUCGUCAUUGAUGAGGCUCACAAUCUGACAGAUACAAUCACAGCACUGCACAGUGCUGAGGUCAAUGGAGCACAGCUCUGCAGGGCUCACUCUCAGCUCUCCCAGUACUGUGAACGCUACAGGAGUCGCCUAAAGGCCAAGAAUCUGAUGUACAUCAAGCAGAUCCUGUUUGUGCUUGAGGGGCUUGUGCGGACUCUUGGAGGAAAAGUGUCACUGAAUCCUGUUACUCAGAGCACUCAGCCGGGGACGGAACUGCUGACCAUCAAUGACUUCCUGUUCAGAGCCCAGAUAGACAAUAUAAAUCUAUUCAAGGUUCAGAAAUAUUUUGAGAAGAGCAUGAUCAGCAGGAAGCUGUGUGGUUUUGUAGAGAAGUAUGAAGGGAAUGGUGUAAACACACACUCAAAUUCUGUGAACAAGGAGAAUCGCAAUACUGAAGGACUUGGGCGCUUCCUUCAGAGCCUCCAGAACAAACCUGCAGCUGCUGCAGAACAGCAGGCAGCAGUAGACGACAGGCCGUCUAUGUCCUCCCCCAUGAUGCUGGUUGAAAGCUUCCUCUUUGCUCUCACGAACUCCAACAAAGAUGGCAGAGUGGUGAUGGACAAACAAGCAUAUCUGUCUCAGAGCAGUCUGAAGUUCCUCAUGCUGAAUGCAGCGGUUCACUUUGCGCAGGUUGUCCAAGAAUGCAGGGCUGUUAUCAUCGCUGGUGGGACAAUGCAGCCUGUUGCAGAUUUUAAGGAGCAGCUUCUGCUGUCAGCAGGGCUCUCUGAGGAGCGCAUUGCAGAGUUCUCUUGUGGUCAUGUCAUACCGCCAGAGAACAUUCUACCCAUAGUCCUUUGCGCUGGGCCCUCUGGACAAGGACUGGAGUUUACGUUCCAGACCAGAGACACACCACAGAUGAUGGAAGAGACAGGACGUGUUCUGUCCAACCUUUGUAAUGUGGUCCCAGGGGGUGUGGUCUGUUUCUUUCCCUCCUAUGAGUAUGAGAAAAGAAUUCUGGGUCAUUGGGAGAAAACUGGUAUUCUUCAACGUCUUGCAGCCAAAAAGAAGGUUUUUCAGGAGCCAAAGAAAGCCAGUCAGGUGGAACAGGUGCUGUCUGAGUACUCAAAAUGUAUCCAGCGCUGUAGCAAUACUGGAGGAGGGCAGACAGGGGCGCUGUUGUUUUCUGUGGUUGGAGGGAAGAUGAGUGAAGGGAUCAACUUCUCUGAUGACUUGGGCAGGUGUAUUGUGAUGGUUGGGAUGCCAUAUCCCAACAUCAAGUCCCCGGAGCUUCAGGAAAAGAUGGCAUACCUGGAUAAAAACAUGCCUCACAUUGAUGGCAGAAGUCCUGGGAAAGCUUUAAUUGAAAAUCUGUGCAUGAAGGCUGUAAAUCAGUCCAUAGGCCGGGCGAUUCGUCACCGGGGUGAUUACGCCUGCAUUGUACUUUGUGAUCGGCGCUACUCGCGCUCUGGCACGCUGCAGAAGCUUCCGCAGUGGAUCAGAUCCAGCACACACACCCACAGCAGCUUCGGCCCAGCCUUUGCCAGCAUCAGGAAGUUUUUCCUGGAGAAGCGGCAAACGCAGCAGCUUUGAGGAGAACACCAGAAGACAUCUCUCAGCCGAGCGGGAGCUUUUCAUGAGCAUGUCUGGCUGUGUGUAUAAAGUGCAUGUAGUUUUGUGACUAUUUAAAAGCCAUGUAAAUAAUUGAGGCAUGCUCCAGCAGUUUCCCCUCUUCUUAAAGUGCCUCAGCUUGUGUAUUUCAGCAGCUGUGUUUCUCUACUGGAGUUCUGGACUCUUUUCUUUCAAACUGAGAACAUUUUACAGCUUCAUUUGUUCAAUAUGUUGAAUUCCUUUUAAAGUACACAGAUCAGCCACUUCAUUAAAAUCACCUCCUUCUACACAUAUUGUCCAUUUUAUCAGCUUCACUCGCUGUAUAGGAGCACUUUUGUAGUUCUGAAAUUUGGGACUGUGAAUUGGCAAGAAUAUGUAUUGUGAUACAGGGGUUAAUAUUUAAUAUAUGGCGAUACUGUAAGAAGGGUGAUAUUGAGAUUGUUUAAUCAAACUCAAAGAAAUGUUUACUUUUUAUCCAAUCAGAACAGUGGGAUCUAACGACAGAGUACAACACUGAUAUCCACUGAUAACACUAAAUGAACCCUGUCCGAUACCAGUUUUAACAUGUUAACUAUUAAUUAAAAUUCAGUAGUUUUGUUUAUUGAUAUUUUUUUUAAAAACAAAAUACUUUGCUAUACUUAAUAUCAAUAUAAAAUAUAAUAUUUCUUACACCCCUACUACCCUACUAUAAUCAUUAAACUUUUUCUUUUGUUAAGAAUUUGUCAAUCUACUGUAUUUUUGCUGAACUAAUGCACGUUUCAGAUUUAGUAUCUCAGAUCAAGCCCCCACAAACAAAUUUGUUUUUAUUUAUAUUUGUUGGUGUCUUUUUAUAACUCGUUCCUCACUUUCACUCCCAUUUAUUUUCCCGCAUGUCCAAAAGCCAUGGAGUAUUUAUGUCCCAACAGCGCAAUUUAAUUUAAUUUAAUUAGUGCAAUUUAAUUAGGGCAAGUAUCUGACCUGUAGUACACAGCUAUACUGACCCACACUCCUUUUCUUGUCGUUUUUCCUCAUUCCUCGUUCCUCCCAUUCACUCUCAUUUUUUCUGUGCCCAAAUUAUUUUUAAUACCUGUUCUGGGUAUGGUGGUCUCUCCUGUGGACUCCUUACUAAGUAUGCAGAGAAACAUAUACAAGAAUACAGUGUUCCUAUAUGAGCAGUGAAGCUUUUUAAAUGGGCAAUUGGUAUACAAGCAAGGAGGUGGUUUUAAGGUGUUGCUCCAUUUUUAGAGACUUUUACUUUUUGACAGUGUGAAUCUGUCUAAUUCUUUAUAUUGUGGCAAAAUUUAUGAUGAGUAAACCAACCAAAAUGCUCCAAAUGAAUGGAACGAAAUCUAAAAUAACAUUUUUUAGUUAUUUUUGUAGUUAUUUUAGAUAUUUUAAUUUAAGUUGCCAAGUUGCUUUUUCACGUGACGGUGUUACGCAGUACAACUGAUGUUUUUCAACUUCACUUGUAACAGAUGUUUUUUUAAAUAAAAUGGAGGCUUGUGUAACAGAUCAGCAUUUAUUUAUUUGUAUAUCUCAGAGCAGCUGCAGUACACAAAGAGUUAGUGCUUUAGACAUGCAGAACAAGGACCUCAUUUAUGCUUAAUCGCACAUGAAAAUGUGUCUAAAUGAUGUGUGGCAGUUUUCCAACAAACAGCGCUACUUAUCAAAAUACGGCUGAACAAUCCAUUCAAAUACCCAAUGGG